CGAUUCAUGCUGCUGCUUAGGUUCUCUCUCUCUCUCUCUCUCUCUCUCUCUCUCUCUCUCUCUCUCUCUCAGUAGGUCACGCCAACACUGCCACUGUUUUCUAUACUUCAAUUUCAUUCUUUUUUUUUUGUUGGGUUUUCAAUUUUUCUCUCAAAACUCUUAAUUUAUCCUUCAAUAAUCAACUCUACAUGCUUCAAUCGCAUAUUAUUAGAUCAAAGCCCUUUUUUUCUUGAUAAAAAUAUAACUUUCGAGUUCUGAUAAAAGAGGUUGGUUUGAAGAUGAUUGGGAGCCCUGCAGUCCAUCUCUCAUCAUUGCCAACUUCUGUUUCUUCAUGUUUGGUUUCUCUACCGGGCAACUCAUUGAAGUUUGCGCCUCUUUCGAUUCGAAAUCAGAAGAAAAUCAACAAGAUUAGAGCUUCAUCUUCUGAUACAGGCAAUGUCAAACAGUCAUCUAGUUCUGAAACAAAGAAUCCACUUGCAGUUGUAUUGGACAUUCCUCGACGUAUUUGGAAGCAAACACUGGUUCCAUUAAGUGAUUUCGGGUUUGGUCGUAAGAGCGUUUGGGAAGGUGGGGUUGGACUGUUUUUGGUAUCUGGUACAGUACUAUUUGUACUUAGUAUGGCUUGGUUGAGGGCAUUCCAAAUAAAUUCCAAAUUCAGGAAGUACACUGCAGUUUUCGAGUUUGCUCAGGCUUGUGGUAUAUGCAAUGGAACACCUGUGAGAAUCAGAGGGGUCACUGUUGGCAGUGUCAUUCGCGUCAAUCCUUCCUUAAGAAAUAUUGAGGCAGUUGUCGAGAUAGAAGAUGAUAAAACAAUUAUACCAAGAAACUCGGUUAUUGAGGUUAACCAGUCAGGACUUUUGAUGGAAACUAAAAUUGACAUCAAUCCUCGUGAUCCGAUUCCAACACCUUCAGUCGGUCCUCUUGACCAAGAAUGUGCUAAAGAAGGUCUCAUUGUGUGUGAUAGAGAAAAGAUCAAGGGUCACCAAGGAGUAAGUUUGGAUGAAUUGGUGGGAAUAUUCACCCGUCUUGGACGAGAUGUAGAGGGAAUUGGUAUCGUCAACAGCUACUCGUUGGCUGAACGAGUUUUUUCUGUUAUGGAAGAAGCAAGACCACUUCUUACACAGAUGAAAGCCAUGGCUCUAGAUGUUCAACCUUUGUUGGCUGAAGUCCGUGAUAGCGGCUUGUUGAAGGAAGUUGAGAGUUUGACCCGAAGCCUUACCCAAGCUACUGAUGAUUUGAGAACGGUGCGUUCGUCCAUUAUGACCCCUGAGAACACUGAAUUGAUCCAGAAAUCCUUACACUCACUUAUAUUUACCUUGAAGAAUAUUGAGAAUAUUAGCUCUGAUAUGCUUGGUUUUACUGGUGAUGAGAAUACCAAAAAGAAUUUGAAAUUACUUAUCAAGAGUCUCAGCAGGUUAUUGUGAAGACAAAUUCAUAGUGAAGUAGCAUAUAACAGGUGUGUCAUUGAGGGGAGAAAUUGAUAUUUAGGUGGAUGAAAUUUUUUGUUUCUGCUCAAGUUUUUGCUCCAUCUGUGUAGCAUGUCACUUGACACUGCCAAGCUUUGAGAAGAAUGAAGUCACGGUUUAAAUGCGCCCUUCUAAAUGAUUCUUUGGUGAGGUUUUUGAGUUGAAUGCAAACACCAUCAUAAUAAUGUAUUUAUUGAUGACCAUUAUGAAUUCUCAUGGAACGGAACGGUUCAGUUGGAUGUUAUAGGAGGUUUACAAUGAAUUGUUUUAUAGUAAAAUGUUCUUUUUCGUGUUUUUUA